CAUACGUUUCGGCGUUGCUCAGCUAAGAUUUCUCUUAUUUUAAAGCGGAGACGAUGAAGUUAUUUGCGCGUUUUCUUUCUUCCAGUUCCAGGCGAUAAAUUCUUACUUUAAGAAGAGGAAUAAAAUCGCAGCUUUUGCAAAUGGCUAUCAAACUCGAAGACUAGAGGGAGAGUCGCAAGUCCUUCACGUCCAAAAGGCCACAGACUAGGGUUUUACAUCUCGAAACAGAGAAAAAUGGCUUCUUUUGGGUCUCUGAAAUCUGCAAUCUACGACAGAGAAGAGAGAAAACAGCAAUAUCAAGCUCAUAUUCGAGGUCUUAACGCCUACGAUCGGCACAAGAAAUUCUUGAACGAUUAUGUUAGCUUCUACGGAAAAGAGAGGUCUUCAAAUGUGAAAUUGCCAGUUAAAACUGAUCGGGAUACCCUAAGAGAAGGAUAUAGGUUUAUACGUACUGAGGAAGAUGAUAUGGACACGUCCUGGGAGCAAAGGCUGGUGAAGCGCUACUAUGAUAAGCUUUUUAAAGAAUACUGCAUAGCUGACAUGUCACAUUACAAGAGCGGCAAGAUUGGUUUGAGAUGGAGGACAGAGAAGGAAGUCAUCUCUGGAAAAGGGCAGUUUAUAUGUGGUAACAAGCAUUGUGAUGAAAAAAACGGCUUGGCAAGCUAUGAGGUGAACUUUUCUUAUUUUGAAGCUGGUGAAAACAAACAAGCCCUUGUGAAGUUGGUAACUUGUGAAAGAUGCGCAGAAAAGCUUAACUACAAAAAUAGGAAAGAAAAGGAGCAAUUGGAGAAGAGGGAAAGGGAAGAACAUAAAAGAAAGAGGGAACGAACGAGGAUUCAUGAUGAUGAUUCUGAUAGUGAAGGGAGCAAAGAGAAGAGAAAAAGAGGUAAAAAGGCUUCAAUAUCAGGAGACAAUGAUAAAGCUUCUGAUGAUGAGAACUUUGAUGAAUUUCUGGAGGGAAUGUUUCCAUAACCGAGUAGCUCCCAAAGGUUAGUAAUUUUAUGUUUGACAACAUACGGAUCCAAAGAGUUCUGAUUUUGAAAGAAAAUCCAAGGGGGGGAAAGGGUUGUACGUGUAAGUAAUCUUUGAAAGCAUUCGGCAUGUGUAAUGUAUCGCCAAGUUUUGCAUUCCAAAUGCAACAAAUGAAUAAAUGGAGAGAGAUUUAAAUGAACUUCCAUUCCUUGAAAUCGUAGUAUUAGUCCUUGUUUGGUUGAUUCAUAUAUUAUCAUCAGAUUGUUUGAUCGGCA